AUUAACAAAGUAAUUACUUCAAGAGAUAUUCUUUGGCAAGCUUCAGACCCUGUGUCUACGCUAUCUCGGUCAGAUCUCGUUUGCUACUACAGCAGAAACAAGGCGAAAUAAACUCCGGGGAUCGUUUUAAAUAUUUAUUAUUUAAAAAGCAAACAGGUGCCGAAUAGAGGAUUUACUCGCAGGAAAAAGUUGAAUUGCCUGCUGCAGUGGAUACAUGGUCUCGUUUGCACGGUGAGAGAACGCUACCGAUUGCCCUCAUACGAGAUAUUCCAAAAACGAGUUCUAAGAAACGAAUUCCAAGAAAAGACUUCACAGGAGGGGUACAUAUCAAACAAGAAAGAGGCUAGUGGUACAGCCAUGGCGAAGAAAUCGUUGUGUGUUUGCUUGGUUCUAUGUGGAAUAAGCAUGGCAAACGCAUUCAGCAUUGAUUUGGAGGAGACAGAGGCGCCCCCGACAGAAAUAGCAGAGCUUCCCCUUAGCACGGAUUACAAGACCGGUAACCCCGAGUAUCUCUUGUACAAGCACCUGUUUGCUAACUACAGCAACGUGGUUAGACCCGUCAAGAGAGUCGAGGAAGUGGUGCCCGUCAGCUUCGAUAUCGGCUACAGCCAGAUGGUCAACCUGGUGGAGAAGAAUCAGAUUCUCAUCAGCAACUUAUGGGUGCGCCUGAAAUGGUACGACCCUUGGCUAACCUGGAACGAGAGUGACUUUGGCGGAAUGAAAAGCAUUAAGGUCGACCCGUCUUGUGUCUGGGUACCGGACAUAGUCCUCUACAACAAUGUGGAUUCGGAUUCUAGCGGUGAGAUGUACAAGUUCACUACGAAAGUUAACAUUCACUCGGAUGGAACGGUUCAAUGGCUGUCGCCCAUCCAAGUCAAAAGCGAGUGCAAGAUCGACAUUACGAACUUCCCCCUUGACGAACAGUUCUGCAAGCUGGAGUUUGGUUCGUGGGCUUAUGACGGCUUUGAGCUGAACCUGACGAACGCGCGCGAGACCGCUGACCUGAGCCUUUACACCACUAACGGGGAGUGGCGGAUGCUGAGUGGGAAAGUGACGCGUAAGCUGUCCAAGUUCCCGUGCUGCGAGGCGCCCUACAUCACACUCAUCUACAUGUUUCACGUGCAGCGCCGCGCCCUCUUCUACGUCAUGAACCUGAUUAUACCGUGCGUCCUGUUGACCUUCCUGUCCGCGCUCACCUUCCGGUUCCCGCCUGAGUCCGGCGAGCGAGUUUCCCUGACCAUCACCAUCCUUCUCGGCAUGACCGUCUUCAUGCUAAUCUUUAUCGACAACAUCCCGCCCACCUCCGAAGUGAUGCCCCUGAUCGGCAAGUACUUCUCCUGCUCGCUCUUCAUCAUGGGUUCCUCCCUCAUCGCGACCUGCAUGUCACUCUCCCUCUACUACAACAACGCCAUGGCGCCCAUGCCUGUCUGGCUCCGUGUCAUGGCAUUCAAGUUUCUAGGCCCAGCCUUUGGGAUUCGCCCCCCUAAACACAGCCUUGACGAGAAGUUCCAUCGCGACCGAGAGAACUCCUGUAUACAACGCGAACAGGAGAACUCCAUCCGGGGGAUGGAGAAUAACAUCACGGAGAACUUAGUUCCCGGAAAACAGCGCAAGUCGAUUCCUAACGGUGGACGGAAGCUAGAAGACACCUUGAGCCAAAGCGCAAGUAUUCCUUGUAAUAUGGACAGUUCCCCGGCAUCCCUUAUCAAGGUCCUGCUGGCAGCGCGCUCGGCAGAGGGGGUUGGGAGGGGUGGCUGUUGUUGCAGUCGUUCUGGCGCGGCGAGCGUGUCUGAGGAUACGGAAAUGAGCGAGAAGAAGGAGGAAUGGCAAUUUGUGGCCGCAGUGGUUGAUCGGUUCUUCUUUUAUUUGUUUAUCUUCGUCAUCUGCCUCUGCGCCAUCGUGGUGUUCUUCAUGUCACCAGCUGUGCGGAUGCUGUUCUCGUGAGAUGGAAGACGAGUUGGUGCUUUUUUAUGGCGCUGCGAUCCCCUUAAGCGUCUAUUCACUUAAAAGAACACCACGAGAUAAAGCGUUGAGCGUUGAUGACUAAAAAGCGGAAUUCAGUAGCUCACCACGAGAUAGACGUUUCUAGCUACGUGCUUUGAAGUCAUGCUGUUUACUCGCAUCGCGAGAGAGCGCCAGAGCCUACCCAUGAGCUGGGAAAUGCGCUUUGUCGAGUGCCGAACGAUGAUUCACUAUUUGCGUAUAGGAACUUGAGUAGCUCUCGUUGAGCAAAUGUCUCCAGUUAGGCGCUUUCGAGUGAUUUCAUUGAUUCAUUAUUCUCAUACCAACUGCAUUACCAGCAACAAGGGUUACAUCAGACUUGCUGACUCGAUUAUAAUUGUACAUUUAUUGUAAGUUCGUUUACUCUUUGCGAGCUAGGGUAAAAAAAUGGCUUUUGUUGUAGUACUCCAUGAAGUUUUGGAGAUUUGCGCUUAUUAUAAUCUUCUAUAAAUUUUGAACAAAACGAACAGUAACCAACACCUCGACACAGAAGAGAUGAUUAGAGACCAAAAACAUCCUUUGUAGAAUAAACAUAAUAGAGACAAGAUUAACUAAGUACUUGGUUACUGUUCGGGAUAAAUUGUAUAUAAUUGGAAUAGAAUUUCAUGUCGAACCCUCCAAUGAUGCCAAAUUAACGCUGUUAUUGAGGUAGUUCCAGCCCUCCUGAGUUUACUUUGUUACUCACUACUCAUGAGAGCGCGGUAGCUUAGCCAGACACCAUUCUUCCGGGGGGAGGGGGGUGGCAUAUGUGACUUUCUCAGUGGGGGGGGGGGGUGCUCCUCUGGGAAUUGACCUUAGCAUUUACCAAACAUUUUUCUGAAUCUGCAGGUUUGACUGAAGUAUUCUCUGAUAAUGUUCGAAAUACAAUAUUCCACUAUUGCUUAUCUGUUUAUCUUAUCUGGACUCAUUGACAAUCAUGUGUGCGCGUACACAGGGGGGUCCGCAGGGUGCGUGCACACCCCCCUUGAUGGCCAAAAAGUGGGUCAUUGCAUAUUAGGAUCUUCAAAUACUAUGCUUUUCGCCCAUAUAAUACCUAUGACUGCGCACCCCCCUCGGCCAACCCUGGGAACGAGCCUGUCAUGUCUUCCUGAGUGACAGUGUAACACUGUAUUAACCCAUGGUAUCAUUAUCGCUUUACAAUUAUGAAAAAAUAUUAGUGAAACAUUGUAGAAAGGGUUCUAAGUAUAUUAACAAACUCAAGAGAAAACUCAAUGAUUAAUAAAGCUACGAUCAUGCAA